CCUCCGUCUGGGUCCGUCUCUAGGCAACCGCUUACCGGUACAGCAGCGAAGCCGCUGUCUGACUGUGGGCCUCAGGCGCCAUGGACCUGGUCAUCACGCAGGAACUGGCCCGUGCCCAGAAUCAACAAGACGCAGCUGCCCUGCAACGAGCUUAUGAGCUGAUCAAGUCAGCAAACCUGGGAAAGUCGGAGUUCGACCCCUCAGAGAGCUUCAGCCCGGACCUGUUCGUGCUGUGUGCAGAGCAGGCACUCAAGAUGGGCGAGCCUGAAAUGAGUGAUGACUGCAUCCAGAUGUACUUCAAAGUGAAGGGGCCAGUCACUCAGUUUCUGGGUCGAGCACACUUGUGCAGGGCCCAGCUUUGUGCCCCACAAUCAGAGGAAAACCUGGAGGAAUUUGAAAACUGUGUGACUCAGUACAUGAAGGCAAUAAACUUCGCAAAAGGAGAACCGAGGUAUUACUUCUUGGUGUUCAAUGCUUCUGUUCUCUACUGGCACAUGGUGCGACCAUUCCUCAAGCCUGGAUAUCACCAAUAUGUGAUCCCCAGCCUCUCCCAAAUCGUCAAUGUAUUAAAUCAGACAGAAGAAGAGGACAAGGAGUGGCAGGCAGAGCUGAUGAUGGAACUUCUUGAAUGUUACCUGCAAGCCGGAAGGGAUGAGGAUGCUGCCAAGUUCUGCAUGACGGCCGUACCAUUCAUCAAAGCCAACGUGCCGCACAAGUACCGGCACAUGUUCUCAGUCAUGGUUCGUCAUGAACUAAUGGAUGACCAUCAGUUAAGGGAAGAGAAAAAGCAUUCCACAAGUCUCUCCAUCACUUACCACAUCAAUUCGCUAAAAGCGAAAUUGGAUAAAAAUAAUUUGCCAGAAGACAUCAACCAAAUUCUGAAAAAGGCCUAUAAACACUUAAGUCAUUACAAUCACCACCGCUUCCCUGCCAUCAGAGAAGAAAAAAUGCUUCUGCUUUUUGAGUUGGGCCGCCUGUCCCUGACCUUGAAAAAUGAGCCCAUUGCCUGCGACUGCCUGUCAGAUCUGAAGAAAAUUCAAACCAAGGAUCCUGGCAUGCUGCUCGAAAUUGAAGGCCUGGAGUGUGAAUUAGAAGCUUUGAGGCUGGAGAGCAAACUUAAAAUAUACCUUCGAGGAGCUGUGGAGAGCCAGCUGGACAUCAUUAAGAGACUGGACAUCACGCUGCAGCGGGCCAUCCGUUUGGGUGACCCCAAGACCAUCCAUGUGCUGUGCACCGCCCAGUGGAACAUCUGCCUGCCCCUCCUGCAGCGCAACCUGAGGUGCUACCUCCGAAAGCCACUGACCACCAUCGCCGAGAUUCUGGAAAAGGUUGAUAGCCUCAUGACCCUGAUGCGCUGCCAAGUCCACAUGGAGUUGGCGUAUAUUGAGCAGGAUGAGGACCGGCUGGAGCCUGCCAUGGAGCACCUGCAGAAGGCCAUGCGCCUGGACAGCCUAGGCCUCUACCAGGACAAGAUGAAGAUAGCUUACAACCGGCUGCAGUUAUGUACCAUGCUGUACCAGUCCCCUGACCGCCCCGAGGACAAGGCCACCAUGGCCAUUGAACAGGCAAAGAAAGCCACCCUGAAAGACAGUGCCCGGAAGAAGCGUGCACUCCUGGUGAAUGCAGGCCUGGCCCUCGCCCCCGACACCUUUCAGAUCGUGCUGGACAGCGAAAAUGAGGCCAAAGUUUCCACUGGGAAAACCAGGGGUCGCUUCACCUAUCUCUGCGCCAAAGCGCGACAUCACAUCCUCAGUGUGGAUAAAGCUGCUGGACACCUGCGGCGUCUGGGAAAUGAGAACGACAAGGAGAGGAUUGCGAUUUGGGCCGAGCUGGCCAAGGUUGCCUGGAAGCAAGACGUAUGCGAUGUCUGUCGUACAGCAACCCGCUUCUGCCUUCUAUAUGACAAUAUCAAGUCAAAGAAGACCUCAAGGCUAAAACGAGGGAAGAAGAAAAAAGGCACCGACAGCUCCAUGCAUGAAGGGGGGACAUCUGAGGUGGUCCUGCAAAAUCGUAUGUCCCCUGACCUGCUGAGGAAGAUUGCGGAGGUGUCGUUCCUCAGUGCUGAGGCCACUGUCCACUUGCUGCGCUUGGAAGGUGUGGAACUGAACAACAGGGCCAUCCCGCCUGAGGACUUGAGCCAACACCCAGCUGGCUAUGUGCCUGAACCACCAGAUAGCAAUCCAGAGUGGAUCACAUACAGAACCUGGAUAGAAAGCCUGUCACAGUACGCCAUGAGCAACUGGCUGCGCGCUGCAGAGAUUGGACAGGAGAUAGGGGAAUCCUGGAUCGUGCAGAACGCCGUGGUCUACGUUUUGAACCACAACCGUCAUCUCAUCUUGGCCGGGAGGCAGAAGGAGCUGGUGGAUUCCCUGUGUCACCUCCUCAACACCCUCAAGGCCACUGACUACAAAGGGGACCCCGUUAUGCUCGUCAUGCUCUGUGACGCCCUGGCUCGGGGCCUGAUCAUCAGCUGGAUUCCCAUCCAGACACCCGAAAAGUUGAAAAGGAACAUGCGCCCUAACUUAGUUCAUGUUCCGCUCGAGUCAUCGGCCUCACCUGAGAUCCGAGCGGCGCUGGAGGUCUGUGAGUUCGCACUCAACCUCACUAAUGGGAACGUGCCGGAGGACGUCGUCCCCACCAGUGUGCGGCAGCAUCUCAUCUCCACCUGGGUGAAGGCCAAGCAGCUACUGCAGCAGCAGAUUGGGCAGCGACUGGGCACUGAUGAACAGAGUACCAAUGAGGACAUCAACGCCAUCACCAGAGUCCUUGUUGCCCUUGAGAUGUACUCGUGCAACGGACUGGGCCUCAUGGACUUCACUCUUCCCCCGCUAGCCCAGGUGAUGAAAAUGGUUUCUGAGUGCAACUGGCCAGAACCCCUGGUGGAGCUGCAGACCCUGACGCGCCUCACCCACUUUGCCUAUGUGGCCCAUGACCAUGAGAUCACCAUGGCAUGUUCUCAGAACGCCACACAGAUGGGCCUCAAGUACCUGAGGUCGUUUGGCAGGACCGAUGUCAAGCUGGCAGCAGAAAUGCUGUGUACUGUGUCCUGCAUCCAGGGCCGCAGCAUCAUGGAAAACUUGAAGGGCAGGAAGCAGCUACGGCUAGCAGCAGCCAAGGCCUUUAUAGAGAGUGCCAGGUUUGGGGGCCUGGCAGACAACAGUUCCCUGGUGAUGACGGCCGCCCGUCACUACUGGAACACAUGGCUCCCGCUUCUGUCCUCACCAAGCAACAGGAAAAAGGCCAAGGGAUCCCUCCAGAGAAUCAUCAACAUCAUCAACAAGACAGAGACCAAGAAGCAGGAGACAGAGAAAACACUGCUUCUGCACCAGUGGCCAACAGCUGAUUUCCAGGGCGGGGGGACAUUAUCUGAAGGCCAGUUCCUUCCAGGGUCUGAGGAUGACCUCACACUCCGCGCUGCGCUCUACAGCCUGCUCUUCCACAGCCACGCUGACCAGAACGACUGGGAGAUGGGCCUCAAGGUGCUGGAUGAGGCCGUCCAAGUGCUGCCGAGAACAGCCCACCGCCUCUUGAUUUUCAAACAUAUGGUCAUUGUGAAGGCCAAACUUGGCCAGAACUUUACCAUGGAAAUCCAGAAGUUCAAGGAUGAGAGCGAAGAUUAUUUGGCACACAUGUGGUACCGUCUGGCUCAGAACUCGAGGAACAUCUGUGGGGAGCUCACCUGUUAUCAAAAUGCUAUCCAGGCACUGCAGAAGCCAGAGAGCAACUGGCAGAAGGUAGAUUACAUCGUGGAAUUCAGUGAAUGGCUGUAUUACAAGCAGUUCCCUAUGGAAGAGGUGGUUUCCCAACUUGAGUGGGCAAUCGAGAUUCUGCUGUCCAUGAAACCCACUGAAGAUGCCCCUGAGCAAGAGCCCAAGGAAGGGCAGGCCUCUCCUGCUCAGUCUCCUGCCAAGAGUGCAGUGUCCUUGAAUCUGGAGACCGUCUGCUUGGACCAGUUUCGAAGUGUGAGGCAGUUGGAGGCCCUGGCCCGUGUGCACAUCCUUCGGGCCUUGAUGGUGUCCCCAAGCUCUUCUUCCUAUGAAGAUGACUGCUUCAUGGCCUACAGCUUCCUCAGGCGCAUCUGGCAGAUUUCCUUGGUAUCAGGAGGAGAACUAAUUAUAGAAAAAACUUUACAAGUAGUUAGUUCACAAUUGCUACUGACAAAAAAGGAGAAGGAAAAGGAGAAAGACAAGGACAAGGACAAAGAGAAGGACAAGGAGAAGAAGAAGGAGAAGAAGAAGGAUAAGGAAAAGGACAAGGAAAAGGACAAGGAGAAAGAGAAGGAGAAGGAAAAGGAGAAGAAGAAGGAGAAGGAAAAGGAGAAGGAAAAGGAGAAGGGGAAAGAGAAGGAGAAGGAGAAAGAGAAGAUCAAGGACAUGAAACAGAUUUCAACCCCGGCUUCCAACAAGCCACCUGAUUACAUCCCCACUAGCAUAGAAGACUGGGCCUCCUACUCCUGCCCUGAGGAUCUGUUGUCUGUGUUCAAGCAAGACAGGAGCGACACCACUGUUAACGCAUCCAGUUUCCAGAAGCCGACAUACAGUUUGUACUACAUAGACCACUUGGCCAAAGCCUUGCAAAAGAUGUACCUUCAUGAGCUCAGCAUCCCGAUCCUGCAGCUGGCUGUACUGAUUGCAGAUGUGGUGGUGGAGAGCAAGAGCCUUGCGGACCUCUACCACCUGCGACUUUUACAGGUGUGUUCCGACCUGAGGCUGCACUACGCAGCGGCUUAUCAUGAAGAGGUGAUUGGACAGGCAUACAUUGGGGACAUGGAGCAGGCCAGCUGCAGAAAAGAGAUCACAUUUAAAAAAGAGAAGAACAAGGAGCCCGUGAUAGAAGAAGACAGCCCGCUGACGCUGCAUGAGCAGCUGGCUCCAUCCCGCUCUGUGGAGGUGAAGCCACUGAUAGCUCAAGACAAGAUUUUGAAGAUAAAUGGAGAGACUGGCAAGGGCCUGGAUGGGACAUCCUACCCCCAGCUGUGGAUGCUCAAAGGGGAGGUCCUCCUGGAGUUGGAGCUGUACCAACCAGCACGGCUGCUCUUGUCAGAGGCCCAGCAGACUUUCCAGGAGCUAGGAGAUAUCUGCGCAGAAGCACAGUGCCUGUUGUUUCUAGCACAGCUGGCCAACAAGGAAAAGAACCAUGGACAAGCUAUACUCAUGAUUGAGAGGGCCCAGCAGCUCGGCGGAGCUGAGGAGUUCUGGUACAAUUCAACCUUGGCUCUGGCUGAGGCCAUCUUAUCCUCUGAAGAUGAUAGAAAAGAAGUCAAAGUUUUCAAACUGUUUCGGAAACUCAUAGAUACAUUCAAGGUUCUCCAGAACGAAAGACCAAACCGAGUAUCCCUACUGAAAUACCUCAUCAUGGAGCUAGAGGCCAGGUGUGUGACACUUCAAAUCCAGCUUGCCUGCACCUCUGUUGACGGAGAACUUCUUGAGCACCCACUUUUGCUGAUGGACCUAGAAAAGCACCUGUUGAAAGUUGAAGAAAACUUCAUACGCAGUGGCUACAAGAAAAAAUGUGUCGACUUAAAACUAGAGCAUGCAAGGAUAAAGAAGUUAUGCGCUCAAAAGGAAAAAGAUGGAGAAGAAAAAACUGCCUAUUGGCUGGAAGUGUAUAACUUGUCCCAGGAAGCUAUAGAUGAGGAAGAAGAACUAUUUCACAGAAUCCAGGGGAUAUUGUCCCUUCAAGAUUUACAGAACAUCAACUCCCCGCUCAUGAGAAGGCUGGCCCGCCUCAAACUCCGCCUGGCAGAAACGUGCCUGGACAUGCAGCAGCUAAUCUGCAAGGAGGCCUUGGAGUUGCAGCUAGAGCAGGGCUCAUUCGAGAGGCUGCUUGCAGACUUCCUUCUGAACAUCAGCGACUACUCGUCCAUCGACUUGCAAUGGUUCAUGCUGAAGCGGACCCUGCCUCACACAGUACUGGCGCAGCUCGAGAGUCUGCAGCCGCUGUCCGUGGGCUGCAUGGACAUCCGUGCUCAGCUUCUGGUCCUGGCUGGGAAGGCCCUCCACCUGCUGUCUGUGCAGACAGACCCUGUGUACCCUUCCUUCUGCUGGGAGGAAGACCUCUUGGUAGGCACUAAGCAGAGCAGCCUGAGAUCGCUGGAGCUGGAGACCGAUACAGAGGACAAGAGUGUGGAGACCUCUUCCAGGGACUCGACAACCUUGAAGGAAGCCCCCAAGGAACAAAACCAGAAGGGAGAGGGUCUGAAGAAGAGGGCGGUGCUGGCCCAGAGGUUCCUGGCACAGACAUCAGAGGUACUGCUGCAGUGUCUGCAGGCUGCCCUGAGCAUCAACCUUCUGGACAUCGCAGCCACUGCCAGCUUGGAGAUGGUGGAGUGUAUUGGCAUCCUGGAUCCCACAACCACAUGCCAGUUCCUGUCACUGUCGCAGAGCUGUUCAACCUCAGAGAUGAUGCGGAACGUUUUGCUCACCGCCACGACCAAUACCAGCAGCUCACAGCUGGCAGCCCUGCUGCAGCUCCACCAGCGACUGAGGCAGCAGGACAUGACCUCCACCAGCCUGUUCGCCAGUGUGGAGCAGAGGCUGGCCACCACUUCCAGGGCAUGGCAGAGCCUCUGUGUCACAGAGCAGCAUUUCAACUUCCUGAAUGAGAUUCCACCCAUGUUCCGGAUCCUCUUUCUGCAGCACUCGAGAGACAGGUCCUAUCUGUAUGGCGCUGCCUUUGAGAGACCAAAGUCCAUGCCCGCACCCAAGGGGAAAAUGAUACCAGUGGGCGGUCACUGCAAGGUCAUGCGGGUGACUAUGAGUCCAACUGCCUUCUCAGACCUGUUAACCAGGGUCCAUUGGUUCCGGAAGCAGACCCAGACCCAGAAAUCGGACACCUUGCAUGAUGAGGAGCGAGACCUGUGCAUGCAGAGGCUCAACAGCAUCCUGGAGCACUUGGAAGAGUAUAUGAAGCCCAUCACCCCCCUGUUCACCUUCCCAGAAGCCAGAACACAGAUGCCAGUGGCUGUGGCUGAUCCAGGGAAACACAAAGGGAAAGAGAAGGAAAGGAAGCCGUCUCUCCCUCUAGCGCAGCCUGACCCUGAGUACAUGAUCCUGAUCGCAGACAGGCUGCUACUAGAGCUGCCCCUGGAGGGGCUCGCCGCGUUCGACCAGGUCACCUCCCUGUCAAGAGAGUUUUCCCUCCAGAUGCUGUGGAAUCGUCUCCAUAAGGAGGAGCUGGAAGGCAGUAUGAAGAAAGAGGUCAAAAGCAAGGAUAUCAAGAAGAAAGGCCCAGGAAAGAAAGGCCCGAAGAGCACCGUGAUCAGGGUCGUCCCACCCGAAUGCAUCCUCAUCGACUCGGACACUAUCAAGUUUGUCGUGGACCCUUACGAGGAGGCCGAGAGCAAAGAGACGUUGACUCCUGUCUCCAUAACCCAGGAGAUCUUGGAUAAGUUCCGAGACUCAUACACUGCGCGUUGGAUGGGGCAUCUGGGAAGCUACCACUUUCCAAGCCAGACUGACUGGGAGCAGAUACUGGACAGCUGCAGAGGCUUUUUCUUCUAUGGGAUGGAGGGCUUCCUGUCCCACCUGGUAGUGGAAAGACUGGUAGCCAUGGAUCUACAAGAAUGCCAGAUGAUGGUCCUGCUGGACUUGACAAGAUCCCCUGAGAGCAGGAAGCGGAAGGUAGAGUCCACAGAGAACAAGAGUGCAUCACAGCGGUCCUUGGAGAAGCCCAUCAAGACUGCCAUCCUUCUCAGCCUGGUGGGGGUUGAGAGCAUCGUGGCUAACCAGUGGCCCACGCUGCUGCAGGACAACGCGCUGAGGGCCACCAUCCUGUGGGAGAACCUGUUAGCAUUUGGCAAGCCACUUGGGAAAACUGUUCGUCUCAUUCAGAGGAUAGGCAACGAUACAGUUAAUCCAGAUGAGCCUCCCCACACCUCCAAGGAAGAGCUCUUCUCUGAGCUGCAGCCUCAGCUCCUGGAGUCACACCCCACUGCUCUGGGCUUGGUUCUGUACGGACUGCCUCACCAAGCCAUGGUGUGAGCUAAACCCUGGAGUCUGGAGCCACUACCCCGAGCUCUACCCCUCUGAGGCUCCUCUCCACUCAGGGCUCUUUCCCCACUUUCUGGAGCUCGCCCCAGCCUUGACACAGCCUGGUGUCUGUCCUUCUGUCCCCCAUACACAGUCCUGAGAAGACGGCUGUUGCCGGGUAUACCACCUAAGCUCUUGUCUGUUAGCCCCCAGGUUUGAUCUCGGUUUCAGUGUUUUAGUAAACAACUAAUGUUUGCAAACAA